CUUUUGCUAGGUAGGGUAUUUGGAUGGUAUAUAAGUUGAGGGUACGGACACUAUUGCAUGACCUGCAAGCUAAGUCAGAUUCAUUUGCGAAUAUACACCAAAAUGUCUCAGCAAUUCUAUCUUCUUGGAGAGCCAGUCUCUUCGGCAAGACAUCUUCCCGUCGAAAAGAAUUUGGAUCUUGAAGGACUGCAGUAUGUAGUCGCUGCGCAUUUUGCCAUCGUUGAAGCAACGGGCAUCGGCUUCCAAGACGAAGAAACCAUCUUCUCAGAAGUCCCCGACAUCCUCGCCUCCAAAACACCCAUAGCCAUCACAAUCGAUGGCCACGCCGUCCGCGACCCUGAAGGCCCCAACGGCCUCCCCUAUGUGGGCAACUACUUCGACAUCUACCCAGACCACCUGGGCAACCACCAACGCCUCUUCGACACAUACGGCCCAAUCUUCAAGGCCACAAGCCUCGGCCGCACGACCUACCACACGAACGAUCCCCAAAUCUCUGCAAUCGCCUUCGCCGAGUCGGACUUUUUCUCCAAACAUAUCAACGAAGCGCACCCGCUGUCCGCCCUCAAGACCCCCGCCGCGGGUAUCUUCCUGGGAGACACGGAUACAGAGGAGUGGAAGGUCACGCACAAGUUCCUGCCGCCCGCGCUGGGCCCCAAGGCUGUGCGGCACUACGCGCCCACGAUGCAGGCUUCUGUCGAAGACGCGUGCAAGGUCUUCGAUCAGCUAGACGAGCGGGGCGAGGCGUGGAAUGUGUACCAGUACAUGUUGAAGCUGGGGUCGCAGGCUGUGGGCAAGUUGACGCUGGGGCUGGACUUUGAGCACUUUUCUAGUGCGGAUGCGCCGUUGCAUGAGAUGGUUGGGGCGAUUGCGGAGAUGCUGUCGUUGAAUAAGAAGGUCACGAGUAAGGGGGAUUGGUAUGCGAAGUUGCCGUUUGGGGACCCGAAGAAGUUGCAUGUGUUGAGGAAUAGGAUUGAAGAGAUGGUGGGGGAGUCGGUUCAGAGUGCUGAACGGGGUGGUGUGGAGGAUUUGCCGCUGCAGGAUGCUGCGUUGCGCGCGGCAAACAUGGUUGACUACGCAAUCCGCGCAACCGACAACAAAGGCGACAAACUCCCCAAAUCCAGCCUCGUCUGGUCCCUCGUCGUCGCCACCGCCGCCGGCUUCACAACAACCUCCUCCCUCCUCUCCUGGCUAAUCUACGGCCUCUGCACAUACCCCGGCAUGCAAGAGCGUCUCCUCCAAGAACUCAUCGACAACGAUAUCGACGACACCACCCCCAUAACAGCAGACGUCACCGACCGCCUCUCCUUCCUCGACAAAUACAUCAAGGAGACCCAACGCCGCCACAACCCCUCCUUCCAACCCGGCCGCACCGCCCGACUCGAUCUGAUCCUCCCGGGUGGCUACAAAAUCCCCAAGGACGCAGUCAUCAUCCCAGCCCUGCACCACAUCCACAAUAACCCAGCUCUGUGGGAUAACCCGGCGAAAUUCGAUCCGGACCGAUGGGAUACGGAUGCCGUGAAGAACAGGCAUCGCGCGGCGUAUAUUCCGUUUGCGACGGGACAGCGCAUGUGUAUUGGGUUUAACUUUGCGUUGCAGGAGAUCAAGGUGUUUUUGCCCAAGUUGGUGUAUCGGUAUCAGUUUCGGAGGGAGGCUGAUGGGGCGAUUGAGUAUGAUCCGAUGUUUCAGUUGAUUAGGCCGAAUAAUUUGUAUGUCAGGGCUGAGAGGAGGACCAAGUGGCCUGCUAAGUCUGUUUGAGUGUUAUUAGAUUUUGUUAGAUAGGUAUAGAAUAUAGAAUAGAGAGUU